GGCUCGGCGCUGCCCCCUCCUCCUCGUCAGGAUAAACAAAAAACCGGCAGCUUUUGUCCCCUUGCAGGCCGCGCCCGCGCCCGCACCCGCAACGCCCCCGGACAUCGCCGUAUAUAUAAAGCUUCCCUCCCCACCCGUUCCCUUUCCAGUUCCCACUCCCCACGCCCCCGUCUCCCUCCCGGUGACCCUGCUGCGUCCCUGCCCCUCUCUCUCUCUCUUCCCGGCCUCUCCUCGCCAGCACGAGGGCGGUGGCGAUGGCCGUCCAGGCGCAGCACCUCCUCUCCCACGCCUUCCUCCCCCACCACGACGUCCUCGGCCACCCGUUCCGGGCGCUCGAGGGCGCGGCGGUCGGCGGAGCCGGCGGCGUGUUCCUGGACGAGCUCGGCAUCGCCGGCUGCGCUCCGGCGGCGGGGGCCGGCGACGCCGUGUUCGGCGGUGCGGCCCGCAGCGAGCUCACCUGCAACGGCGGCAGCGGCGGCGGCGGCGAGUACGACGACGGGCUACUCCCGAGGAAGCGCGCGCGCCUGGCGGCUGGGCUCGUGGAGUGCGGCGGCCAGCAGGGUGGCCUGGUCCUGCCCCUGGCGGCGCCUCCGCCGCAAGGCCAGGCGUUCGCCGGCGACGCGCGGACCCGAGCCGUCGGGUGCGGCCCGGCGUCCACCAGCGGCCGGGCGGCGGCCAGUGGCGUCCUGUCGCAGCUCUUCCACCAGGGCGUGGAGAUCGACGCGCUCGUCCGACUCGAGACUGAGAGGAUGCGGGUGGGGCUCCAGGAGGCGAGGCGCCGGCACGCGCGCGCGGUGGUCGCCGCCGUGGAGCGCGCCGCGGCGGGUCGGCUCCGCGCGGCCGAGACCGAGCUGGACCGCGCCCGCUGCCGUAACGCCGAGCUGGAGGAGCGGCUGCGGCAGCUGACCGCCGAGGGCCAGGCGUGGCUGGGCGUCGCCCGGGGCCACGAGGCCGUCGCCGCGGGGCUCCGCGCCACGCUCGACCAGUUCCUGCAGCAGCCCGCCUGCGGCGCCGACGAUGGCGACGCGGAGGACGCGCAGUCCUGCUGCUUCGAGACCUCCCCGCAGGCCCUCGUCGCCGACGACGCGGCGUCCCGCGGCACGGCGCCGACCUGCAGGUCUUGCGGCGGCGGCGGCGCGUGCGUGCUGCUGCUCCCGUGCCGGCACCUGUGCCUGUGCCGCGCGUGCGAGCCCGCCGCCGAGGUGUGCCCCGUCUGCGCCGCCACCAAGAACGCUUCCCUCCACGUCCUGCUCUCCUGAGGAGGCUCACCCGGCGGUGCCGUUCCCUGCGUCGUGACGAGCCCGGUGUCGCCAGCAUGUCACGGCACGCGAGUCACGUGACCCUGUGAUGCGCGAAGCUUUUGUGGGGGGGAUGCAUCAUGUAGUAAUGCUCCAAGCUGCAGAUUAGGCUAAUCUGACUUUGUGACUGCUAAUGGUCUCGACAGUGCUGCUAACUUUUGUUUACUGCUCAUAUGGCUUUUCCGCGUUCCCCUCCUUUUUAAGUAGGGUUGGGUUGUGUUAAUGAGGAAAUAGACCAAGUUUCGCUGGACAUUGACAUUA